GCCAACCGGCCCGAGUGCCCCACCCUUCUUCUUCCGUUCCCACUCCCGGGACUCCCCCCCUGGCACAACUCCGGCCAUGCCGUCGUCGUCGUCGCUGAUCCAAGGCAUCUCCAUCUCCGUCUCCGACGACGACGAGGCCACCGGGAAGGUGCGCGUACGCGUCCGCCGCAAGCGCUCCCGCGCCUCCGUCUCUGCUUCCGCCCGCCGCCGCCGCCUUCUCUUCCGCACCGCGCGGCUGGGCGUGCCGCUCCUCCUGGCCGCCCUCGCCGUCUCCCUCCUCCUCUACGAGUCCUACCGCCUAACCCCUUCCCACUCCCCACCACUGCCCCCGCCAUCCUUCACGGACUUCGGCGACCUCUCCCGCGCCGCCCGCGCCGCUGGUAGCCCCAGGAAGUCAUGCUUGAAGCUUCUUGAUCCUGAGAAGCUUCAAAAUCUAGAGCUUCCAGAAAUUCCUGAGACAAAUAUGUCAAUCAAGGAAGUUGUGUACAGAUCAAGUCUGCACCAUAUCGAAGAUGAUAUACCGUCACAUACAGAGAGUUCACGAUUUAACUCGUUCACAGGAUACCAGACACUCACUGAAAGAGAAGAAAGCUUCAAGAUCAAGGAAAGUAUGACAGUGCAUUGUGGCUUCUGUAUUGAGAAUGGAGGGUUCCAAGUUUCUGCUGUUGACAGAGAAUAUAUGAGAUAUUGCAAAGUUGUUGUGGCAACCUGUGCGUUUGGUGGAGGUGACGACCUUCACCAGCCAAUAGGGAUGACAGAAAACUCUAUCAGAAAGGUUUGCUACGUCGCUUUCUGGGAUGAAGUCACUCGUGCGUCUCAAGAGGAGGAAGGCAACAAGAUUGGUGAAGACAACAUGAUUGGUCUAUGGAGGAUCAUUCUUGUCAGCGAUCUUCCUUUCUCAGAUCAACGGUUGAAUGGGAAAAUUCCAAAGCUGAUAAGCCAUCGCCUUUUCCCCAUGGCACGAUACUCAAUCUGGGUGGAUUCAAAAUCUCAGUUCCGGAGAGAUCCAUUGGGAGUCCUUGAAGCCCUUCUGUGGCGUUCAAACUCUUCUCUAGCAUUAUCUGAACAUGGAGCUCGGAGUAGCCUGUAUGACGAGGCGAAAGCAAUUGUUAAGAAACACAAAGCAACUCCAGAAGAAGUUGAAGUGCAGUUGGAUCAGUACCGAGAGGAUGGCAUUCCUGAUGAGAAAAGAUUCAAUGGGAAGAAAGCGCUGGCAGAAGCUUCAGUGAUCGUCCGGGAUCACGCCCCGUCGACCAACCUCUUCAUGUGCCUGUGGUUCAACGAGGUGGUGAGGUUCACGUCCCGGGAUCAGCUGAGCUUCCCCUACGUCCUGCGGCGCCUGAGGCCGCCGGGCGUCCAACUGUUCCCGGUCUGCGCGCGCAAGGACCUGGUGAACAGCUUCGGCCACAGGCGCAAGGUGAAGCCGCUCGUCAAGGACGCGAGAUGAGCUUCCGGAUCGGCUCCUCUGCUCUGCUCUGGGGUCUCGUCUCGGUCGCAGCAAGCAGCUCGGCUGGGUAGUGCCUGACUAGUUACUGUCAUAAGUAUAUGAUUGUGCAGGUGGAUUCUGACGUAGAGAAAUUACAGCGAGAGCGCUGCCGUCGUCGAAGUAGUGCAGUGUAGGACUUUAGGUUAGUGUAGCGAAGGUUACAGCUGAGACGGCAUGUUUGUGUCGUGGAAAGUUGCUUCAGGCAAAGCCGGCCUGAGCUUUUGCCAGUCUUCGUGGUGAGAAAUUGGAGAAUUCAGUCCCAAGAUCCGGUCGUCCAUCUUGA